CCAUGUAGGCCAUAAUCCCCUGCGCGAGGCCUACUCGAUGUCCUGCAUCCCCAACGGCAGCUCCAGCAGCCGUAAGCCCAGCCAUAGAGACCGAGAGAGCUCCACAGUGUCCGUCGCCAGGAAGGAUACCUUCUCCUCAGCAGCCAAGAGCGGUCAGACAGCAGAGAGGAAAAAGGACACCCCUCCGAUGGAGGGCAUCAAGGAGAAGCAGGAGGGGCCCUCCCAGCCCAACCAGGCUAACGAUAAAGCCCCCCCUGCCAGCCCCAUGCAGUCCUCGCCGUCCCCCUCCAGCUCCAGCCACCCCCUCUCCCCACACCCCCCUCAGUCCCAAAGGCAGGCCCUGGAGAGCAAGGGCACUUCCCCAGCCAAAAGGGGUCACAGUGCGAAGCGGGGCACGGGGAUAGAGCGUUCUCAGAGCAGCACGUGGGAGAGUGGCGAGGAGAGCAGGAACAAACUGGUGAAGGCUGCUUCCACCUCCAAGCUGCUGGCCAAGGUGGUGAAGAACGCAGACAAGCAUAAAGACCCAGUGAUCAGCCAAGCCAAAAUGUCAACCCGUGAGAAAAACAGCCAAGCCGAGGGAGACUACAUCAAGAUGUUCAUGCGAGGUCGACCCAUCACCAUGUUCAUCCCCGCGGACGUGGAGAACUACGAGGACGUGCGCACAGAGCUUCCUCCAGAGAGACUCAAACUGGAGUGGGUGUAUGGCUACAGGGGGAAAGACUGCCGAGCCAACGUGUACCUGCUCCCGACAGGGGAGAGUGUUUACUUUAUUGCCUCUGUGGUAGUGCUCUUCAACUAUGAGGAGAGGACACAGCGGCACUACCUCGGCCACACAGACAGUGUCAAAUGCCUUGCUGUUCACCCUGAUAAGAUCCGCAUUGCCACGGGACAGAUUGCAGGAGUGGAUAAGGAUGGGCGGCCACUGCAGCCCCAUGUGAGAGUGUGGGAUUCGGUCAGCCUGUCCACCCUGCAGGUCAUCGGCCUGGGCACCUUCGAGAGAGGGGUGGGCUCCCUGGCCUUCUCCAAAGCGGACUCGGGCACACACCUGGCGGUGAUUGAUGAUUGUAACGACCACAUGUUGACUGUCUGGGACUGGCAGAAGAAAUCCAAGAUCGCUGAAAUCAAGUCUACAAAUGAGGUGGUGCUUGCGGUAGAGUUCCACCCUACUGAUGCCAACACCAUAGUAACCUGUGGCAAGUCCCARAUCUUCUUCUGGACCUGGGCUGGRACCUCYCUGGCACGCAAGCAGGGCAUCUUCGGGAAAUAUGAAAAACCCAAGUUUGUUCAGUGUCUGGCCUUCCUCAACAACGGGGACAUCCUGACGGGAGACUCUGGAGGCAUCAUGUUGAUAUGGAGCAGGAGCACAGUGGAGCCGACCCCAGGGAAGGGACCCAAAGGUGCGUACCAGAUCAGCCGUCAGAUCAAGGCCCAUGACGGCAGUGUGUUCACUCUGUGUCAGAUGAGGAACGGGACCUUGCUGACCGGAGGGGGCAAGGACCACAAGAUCAUUCUUUGGGACCACGACCUCAACCCAGAGAGGGACAUAGAGGUCCCCGAUCAAUAUGGAACCAUUCGCGCUGUGGCCGAGGGCAAAGGGGAGCAGUUUCUGGUGGGCACUUCGCGUAACUUCAUCCUGCGGGGGACGUUUAAUGACGGUUUCCAGGUGGAAGUGCAGGGUCACACAGACGAGCUAUGGGGGCUGGCGUCGCACCCCUUCAAGGACCUGUUCCUAACCUGUGCCCAGGACAGGCAGGUAUGCCUGUGGAACUCUGUGGACCACUCCCUGGAAUGGACCAGGCUCCUGGAUGAGCAUGGCCACUGUGCGGACUUUCACCCCAGUGGUGCUGUUGUGGCCAUCGGUACUCACUCGGGAAAGUGGUACGCUCUGGAUGCAGAGACCAGAGACCUGGUGGCCAUUCACACCGACGGCAAUGAGCAGCUGUCAGUCAUGCGCUUCUCCGUAGAUGGCACCCUGCUGGCAGUGGGAUCGCAUGACAACUUCAUUUACCUCCACACCGUGUCGGAGAAAGGCCGCAAGUACACCAGAUGCGGGAAGUGCAUUGGACAUUCCAGCUACAUCACACAUCUUGACUGGUCCCCCGACAACAAGUUCAUCAUGUCCAACUCAGGAGACUACGAGAUCCUCUACUGGGACAUUCCAAACGGUUGCAAGUACAUCCGUAACCGCUCCGAGUGUAAGGACAUCGACUGGACCACCUAUACCUGUGUGCUGGGCUACCAUGUCUUCGGAGUGUGGCCUGAGGGUUCCGAUGGUACAGACAUCAACGCCCUGAUCAGGUCCCACAACAGGAAGGUGAUCGCUCUGGCUGAUGACUUCUGCAUGCACCUCUUCCAGUACCCCUGCGCAAGACCAAGCCCGUUCUCCCCAAUUAAGGCACCUAAGCCCAAAUACAGCGCCCACAGCAGUCACGUGACCAAUGUGACCUUCAUGCACAUACGACAGUCACCUGGUGUCCACGGCGGGAAGGAUACCAGUGAGAGCUCCCCCGAAACCCCUCCCCCCGCCGAGCUAACCCCGCCCCCCUCUGACAGCACGCUGAGCCUCAAGGACAGCCUGGACCCCAGCGACGACACGGCCACGCCUAGCGACGAGGGCCGCCCUUUCACCCCGCCCUUGUGA